AUGGUCCAAAGGGCAAGUCAGCUUUCCGCCAAUGAGAAGCGCUCGAAGAGAGCGUCAAUAAGUAUUACAGAAAAAAGUGCUGUUGACGCCGUGUCACAAGAUGCUACACCGUCGCUAUCAUUCAGUCGCCGCUCCUCCAGGACAGAGCAUGCACAAGACCCGGAAAAUCUCAGCCGGCUCAACAAAGCCACCUCUCAUGCUUGUGAAAAAUGUCGCCAAAGACGCUCAAAGUGCGAUGGUCAGAAGCCGUGUGGGCGAUGCAAAAUGCGGGGUACCCAUUGCGUUUACGAAGCGAGAGUGCGCCAAACGAAGGCACAACUCAAGGCGGAGAUUGCAGCAUUGCGCCGACGCCAACGGGUGUUAGACCAGCUAUUCACAGAUAUCAUUCGGCCGGAGCGACGCGAAGAGCUUAUCGCAUACAUACGAGACUCGAAAAUCCUGGAGGAUGGGUUCGAACUGGAUAACCUUGGGCGACGGCUUUCGGGAAGCUGUACUGACAUGGCGGAGUCUGCUAGUACAUCUAGUCGCAAACUUGUACCAAGCAAAUGCGGAACGCAUCCACAAACGCCAGUACGAGUCGAUUCUACUGAACGAAUCGCUGAUGAGCAGCGUCUCAAUCAAUGCAACAUAGGGAAGGAUGAGACGCAGCUCCCGAUUUCAAAGCCAUCAUGCAAGCUCUCACAAAGCACCCUACAUUCGGAUGUUGAUACAGGGAGCAAACUGCAACCGACAGCUAGAACACGUCACGAAAAUCCGAACUCUCGGCAGGUUCUAGAGUGGCAGCAGGGAAUUUAUGCAGCAGACCAGUUGUUGGAUGAGCUAGAUCUAGACUCUGCAAUGACUUGGACCGAUAUUACCAGCGACACGGAAUUUAUUCGACAUCUCUUAGCUCUUUAUUUCUGCUGGGAGUACCCAAACUUUGCGCCGAUUAGCAAAGAACAUUUUCUUCGAGAUUUUCAUGAUACACGACAACAAUACUGCUCGCCGAUGUUAGUCAAUGCACUUCUUGCAUUGGGUUGUCAUCUCUCCGAUCGACCUUUAGCCGCUGCUGACAACAUCUCCAUCAUCGGCAAUGAAUUUUUUAACGAGUCGCGGCGCAUCCUUCUUUCAACACCAGACCAUCACCAAGUAACUACUAUUCAGUCCCUAGUGAUCAUGUCAUUACGAGAGGCUCGCUGUGGGCGAUUCUUGGAGAGUAAGUACUACGCAGAACAGGCUAUGCAGCUUGCUAUUGAAAUGAGUCUGCACAAUGUACGCGAGGAAGACUGCGCCAUUGAGCCUGAUGUCCUCGCAAAAACGUUCUGGGGAACAUUUACACUCAACCACGCAUGGCCGAUGGUGAAGGGUGAGCUGCCACACUGUCCGCCUGCACUGCACCGCCCACCCAUGCCAGUAAUUACUACCGACUUUGAGACGUCAUCGUGGGCCCCAUAUGCGGACGGCGACUGGUAUGACCAGCUGCCAAAGGUCAUGCGACUAGGUCACAAUUCAACGCCUGCGGUAAUAUUCAUCCAUUUGUACUAUCACCUCUCUGUUCUUCUUUUCUUUCGACCGUUCUUGCGAGUCCGCCUCAUUGGAUCAGGAAUUGUUCCUCUGGAAAUCUGUUUACAGGCAGCCGAUGCCAUGCAGCGUCUAGUCGGCUCCUACUCAAAGCUCUAUACCCUGCGCAGGACACCGACUUUCAUGCCUUUCUUCAGUUUUGCGUCCGCUACAAUUUAUCUGGCUACUUCUACCAUGGUUAAGGAGCUGGAUCACGGCAAGGUAUCUGUCUCGCCAACUCCAGACGUCAACGAAACACUAAGACUCAUUAUCGCACAUCUCGAAGAAAUGGCUCCCUACCAUUCUUUUGCCCAGCAGGCGCCACACAUCCUACGCUAUCUUGGUCCAUUGGAGGAUUCAAUCGACACUGAGGGGACUGGAACAAAAGUGCACAGCUUUGACGGGAUUUUAUCCGCGCUGUUGGGACUGCAGCAAGAUGGUAUCCAUGGCAGUGUCAUUGUUUGGUGCGUUGUCAAGCGUAAAGUACCCGAUCUUCUCGUUUGGGAUCUCGUAGGACUCGAGUAUGUCGAUGAUUUCGUGCCCAAUAUUAGCCCCAAAGUGUCGAACUGUCAGCUCAGGCAUCCCGAGGAUGAGCUUGCGCGCCUUGCCAUCCUCGGCCGUUAUUUUGACACAUGUGCACCAAUUAUUGCUCUGUUACAAUAA